AUGGAACCAAGAAACAAAACACAUGCUUCAGAAUUUAUUCUCCUUGGACUCUCAGAAGAAGCAGAGGUGCAGCCUCUCCUCUUUGGGAUAUUUCUGUCCAUGUACCUGGUCACUUUUAUUGGGAAUCUGCUCAUCAUCUUGACCAUUGUCACUGACUCUCAGCUCCACACACCCAUGUACUUCUUCCUCUCCAAUCUCUCUUUUGCAGACAUCUGUUUCACCUCCACCACUGUUCCAAAGAUGCUGCUGAACAUCCAGAUGCAGAGCAAAGUCAUAAGCUAUGAAGGCUGCCUCAGCCAGAUAUAUUUUUUCAUGGUUUUUGGAAGAUUAGACAACUUCCUCUUGACAGUGAUGGCCUAUGACCGGUUUGUGGCCAUCUGUCACCCAUUGCACUACACGGUCAUCAUGAACUCCAAAAUCUGUGGCCUCUUGCUUCUGGAAUCUUAUUUAUUCAGUGUCCUGGACUCUUUAUUACAUGACUUAAUGAUUUUGAGGCUGUCUUUUUGUACUGAGUUGGAAAUUCCCCACUUUUUUUGUGAACUUAAUCAGGUGGUCCAACUUGCUUGUUCUGACACCUUCCUCAAUGACCUAGUGAUGUAUAUUGCAAAUGGGUUUCUGGUUAUUAUUCCACUCAUUGGUAUCAUACUGUCAUACUCUAAGAUUGUAUCCUCUAUUUUGAGAAUUUCAUCAGCUGGGGGCAAGUAUAAAGCCUUUUCCACUUGUGGGUCUCACCUCUCAGUAGUUUCCUUGUUCUAUGGUACAUUUCUUGGAGUGUAUCUUAGUUCUGCUGCUACUCAAAACUCCAGGAAAACAGCAAUAGCCUCAGUGAUGUACACUGUGGUCACACCCAUGCUGAACCCAUUUAUCUACAGUCUUAGGAACAAGGACAUAAAGCAGGCCUUAAAAAAGCUCUUCAGCUGCAAAAUAUCUACAUAA